AUGUUGUUUGACCGAACAAUCGCCAAGGCACUCUUAGUGAUCACCACAGUCGUUUACGGGUACUAUGUCAUCUGGAUUGGUGUGACGCCGCUUAUUGACCCUUCACACUUCACGCAGCACUUAUUUCCCCCACGCGAGUACGGGCUGCUGCUCGCCGGGGUCGUAAUGACAUCAGGCUUGGGCCUCAGCAUGACAGCGGCCUCUGUGCACACCAUCCGGCAAACAGGCAUGGGGAGCAAGGCCAACAGUCACUCCGCUGUGGUUGUGUGUGGAGACGGCGAUGCGUAUGGGCGGCGAUCGCGAUGUACUGCAAACUCCACAAUGUGUGGUGCGGUGCGGGGGGCCAGCUGUUAG